AUGGAUGCACCCAAGAUCCAAGCAAUGGCAUAUGCUCGACUAUGUUAUCACCAGAACGAAAGACCUCAGGGGGAAAAAACUCCACCUAAGAGACUAAACUCUUCGAAGCUGAAAGAUCCUUCCAUUUCAGAAAAGCUCAUCAGCGAUCUGAAUAAAAAGCUUGCUAACUUAAAGUUUGGAAGUGCAAGUGUUGAGGAAGAGUGGGGAGUCUUCCGAAAUCUGGUUUACACCUCAUCACCAGAACACUUAGGUCCUGCGUCCAAAAAGCAUCAAGACAAGAAAUCAGCUUUCACUAAGUGCCAUCGUCAAGUACAAAUCAAGCUUCGGACUAUGCAAGACAAGUGGCUCAGCGACAAAGCUGACGAGAUCCAGGGCUAUGCCGAACAACAUGACUCAAAGUGCUUUUACGACACCUUCAAGGCAAUCUAUGGGCCGACAACAUCUGGCACCUCACCCAUUCUAGCUGCAGAUGGUGAAACACUAUUUCCUGAAAAAUCUCAAAUACUAGAAAGGAGGGCAGAACACUUUGACAAUAUACUCAACCGACCAUCAUCCAUCAACGACGCAGCAAUCAACCGCCUCUCCCACGUAGACAUGAACUCAAAACUUGAUGACCCACCCACUGAAGAGGAAGCUAUUAAGGCUAACAAGCAACUUUCAUGCGGCAAGGCACCUGGAGCAGAUGCUAUACCUGAGGUUCACAAGGAUGGGGGUCAAGUUCUUAUGCAGAAACUAACAGACCUCUAUGCAGCACUGUGGAACAAACAAGAACUGCCACAAGAAUUCAAAGAUGCAACUAUAGUGCACCUCUACAAAAGAAAGGGCAACCGACUGUCAUGCGACAACCACAGAGGUAUAUCUCUACUGUCUAUUGUAGGCAAGAUACUAGCCAGAGCACUGUUAAAUCGCAUCAUCAAGCACCUCGAAAGUCAGUGUGGUUUCAGAGCAGGUAGAGGAACGGUAGACACAUCUGCUGUUCGUCAACUUUCAGAAAAUUCUCAAGAACAACAUCAAGAUCUCUAUAUGACAUUUGUGGACUUAACAAUGGCGUUCGACACAGUCAGUCGCGCGGGGCUUUGGAAGAUCAUGGCAAAAUUUGGCUGUCCCCCAGAUUCACCAACAUGUUACGCCAGUUUCAUGAUGGCACGAGUUCUUGAUGAUAGUGAAAUGUCCAAGGAUUUUCCUGUCAGAAACGGUGUUAACAAGGCUGUGUUCUUACGCCUACACUCUUCUCCAUGA